UGUAUCGACCUGAUACCGACACCGACCUUGGUAUCUUAUGGUCGAUAUUUGGCUCGAUCCUUCCACCCCUGGUUGACACGGUUCAUAGCCUAAGCCGACAGCCACUUUUCUGUGUAUGAAUAAUAUGAAAACCCGGUCUUGUUGGGACAUUAUGACCUGGCAGCCUGUCCCUUCUUUCUGAAGAAAACUCCAAAAAUGCUAAAUGAGGUUUUACCCGUGCUGAAAGAUGGCGGAGUCGGACGGUGUGGCGAAUUCGUCGACACAUUCACAGGACAGAAUGGCUAGCAAGAAUAGCACCCUCCGCUGCACAUUUUCAGCCCCCAGCCACAGUGCCACCCUCCUCCAGGGCUUGUCAGUAUUGCGGUCUCAAGGGCAACUUCUUGAUGUGGUGCUGGCCGUCAAUGAGGAGCGUUUCCAGGUCCACAAAGCUGUGCUGGCCGCUUGUAGUGAUUACUUCAGAGCCAUGUUCACUGGAGGCAUGAAGGAAUCAAAUCAAAAUGCUAUUGAGCUGAAAGGGCUGUCCGCCCGAGGGCUGAAGCAUAUUAUAGACUUUGCUUACAGUGCAGAAGUCACUUUAGACUUGGACUGUAUUCAAGAUGUCCUUGGAGCAGCUGUCUUCCUCCAGAUGGACCCUGUUGUGGAGCUCUGUGAGGAGUUCCUCCAGUCAGCGAUGAAUGUCAAGACAUGCCUGCACAUCGAUAAGAUGGCCACCACCUUCAGCUUGUCUUCCCUCAAGGCGUCGGUGGAUGCCUUCACUUUUCGCCACUUUCUCCAAAUAGCCGAGGAGGACGACUUUCUGCACAUUCCUCUGGAGCGCCUCAUCUUCUUUCUGCAGAGCAACAAGCUGAAGAACUGCAGCGAGAUCGAUCUCUUCCAUGCUGCUAUCCGAUGGCUCCAACACGACGAGUCUCGCCGGACGGAAGCCAGCGACGUCCUCCGCCACGUGCGCUUCCCACUCAUGCGUUCGUCCGAGCUGGUGGACAGCGUUCAGACGGUAGACAUCAUGGUAGAGGACGUGCUGUGCCGUCAAUACCUCCUCGAGGCCUUCAAUUACCAGAUUCUUCCGUUCCGGCAGCACGAGAUGCAGUCGCCGCGGACGAGCAUCCGUUCUGACGUGUUGUCUUUCAUCACCUUCGGCGGUACCCCGUACACUGACAACGAUCGCACAGUGACCACCAAGGUGUAUUAUCUCCCUGACGUUGCUUCUCGCCAGUUCAAGGAGUUGACGGAGAUGGACAUGGGGUGCAGUCACGCCUGUGUCGCCGUGCUCGAUAACUUUGUAUACAUUGUCGGCGGGCAGCAUUUACAGUUUCGUAGCGGUGAAGGGGCCGUGGUCAGCUGUUUGCGCUUUGAUCCGCACUUGAACCAGUGGCUGCGCAUCCAACCGAUGCAGGAGCCCCGGAUCCAGUUUCAAGUCAGUGUCUUGAACGGUAAGAUUUAUGCCACUGGAGGGCGCAAUCGAUCCGGCAGCCUAUCAUCUGUAGAGCGUUACUGCCCAAAGAAAAAUGAGUGGACCUUUGUGGAGCCUUUAAAACGCAGGAUUUGGGGUCAUGCAGGGACUCCCUGUGGAGAAAAGCUAUAUAUCUCAGGGGGUUAUGGCGUCUCUUUAGAUGACAAGAAAACUCUUCACUGUUACGACCCAGAGGCCGACCAGUGGAACUUCAGAGCUCCCAUGAAUGAGCCUAGAGUGCUGCAUGCCAUGAUCUGCAGUAAGGAUCGGGUCUAUGCUCUAGGUGGGCGCAUGGACCACGUGGACCGUUGUUUUGACGUCCUAGCGGUGGAGUAUUACAAUCCGCAGAGUGACCAGUGGACCACCGUGAGCCCCAUGAGAGCAGGGCAGUCUGAGGCUGGCUGCUGCUUACUGGACAAUAAGAUCUAUGUCGUCGGAGGGUAUAAUUGGCACCUGAACAACGUCACUAGCAUUGUACAGGUAUACAACACAGAGACAGAUGAGUGGGAGAGAGAUUUGCACUUCCCUGAAUCAUUUGCCGGGAUUGCUUGCACACCAGUUGUACUUCCACAGACACAUGUAGAAUAUCUGACUUCUUGGCUGUGAAGACUUCACUGUGGUUCUCUUUUCGUGUGAUUCCAUCAACAUCACAAGGUACUUUAGUUCUUCGCCUUCAAAUUGACCACAGGACAUUUUAUUAUUAUGUGGCGUUCCAUAGAAAUUAACAUGAUUGUGUCUGAAAGCCUGUUAAGCAAGGGUUUAUGACACUUCUAUAUAAUACAUUAGUGUUUGUUUAUCACAUGUACAGGUUAAACAAAACAAAAAAUAUAUAUAUAAAUAUAUUGUGCAACGUUUUUUCUAUUCCAGCAAUUAGAUUUUUAAGGUGAAACUAAGAAAUGACGUAGGCUCAUAACAUGCAACUCGGUCCGUGUACCCUUCCGUUCAUUCUAUUUCCAAUUCUUAAAAGCAAAUCAAAAACAAAAUUAGGGCUUUUUCGAUUUUUAUUAUAUAUGGCAGAUUGGCAUCAGUAAAUUGGUCGUAGUGUGUGAAUGUGAGUGUGAAUGUUGUUUGUCUGUCUGUGUUGGCCCUGCGAUGAGGUGGCAACUUGUCCAGGGUGUACUCCGCCUUCCCUCCGAUUGUAGCUGAGAUAGGCUCCAGCGACCCCGAAGGGAAUAAGAUGUAAAAAAUGGAUGGAUGGGUGGAUGGAUGGAUGGCAGAUUUUAAAACAAACAAAAAAGGGUUGAUUUUCAUUAAAAUAUUGUCAUAAAAUUGGAUUUUGUGCUGUUUUCCUUUUGUGAAUUUUUAUUUUUCUAGAUAAACGCAAAAAUCGAAUAUAUGUUCAUCCAAAAUUCAAACAAGCGUGGUUAUCUGUGUGAUGACAAAUUAGCUUUUCCUUUGUAGUUAGCAUGUUUUUAGCAGAACGCUAACACCUUUGUUCAGCAGGAGUCCUAUUGUCAUUUUGAAAAAAGUGUCAUUAAAUACCUUUUGUUUCAGAAAUAAAAAGAGUAAAAAAUUGGCCGAAAUGUGUUUUUUGAUUUGCAUUUAAGAAUUGGCAGUGGAAUGAAUGGAAAGUACACAUACCUAAAAUACUGCUUCCGAUUAAAUUUGUCAUCACACAGAUAAACAAGCAUUUUUGCAUUUUGGAUGAACAUAUAUUUGAUUUUUGUGUUUAUCUGGAAAAAUUUAAAUCCAUAAAAGGAAAAGGGCACAAAAUCAAAUUUAUGGCGAUAUUUGAAUGAAAAUCAACACUUUUUCCUUUGUUUUAAAAUCGGCCAUAUAUAGCAAAAAUUGAAAAACGGCCCUAAUUUUGUUAUUUGAUUUGUGUUUCAGAAUUGGAAAUCGAACGCACCAAAAGUACAAAGACCCAACUUAAGCUUUCAUUUGACAUAAUUUUGAUGAUGAAGACUCAAAGCUGGGUUUUCCAAACACUGUAAACCAUAAUCAUCAAAAUUAUAACAAAUAAAGGCUUGACAUUCCUCACUUAGAAUGUAAUGAGAAAAGAUCACAUAUUAUGGUAAAUGGGUUAUACUUGUAUUGCACUUUUCUACCUUCAAGGUACUCGAAGCACUUUUACACUAUUUCCACAUUCACCAAUUCACACACACAUUCACACACUGGGGCGGGAGCUGCUAUGCAGGCCCUAACCACGACCCAUCAGGAGCAAGGGUGAAGUGUCUUGCUCAAGGACACAAUGCGGUUGGGAGAGUGACCAUGCCAGCAACCAGAUGUUUCCUGGUUCGAACCACAGCUUCCACCAACCUAGUCAGGUCUGUUGUGUCCUUGAGCAAGACACUUCACCCUUGCUUCCUGAUUGGUCGUGGUAAGGCCCUUCCAUGGCAGCUCCCGCCAUCAGUGCGUGAAUGUGUGUGUGAAUGGGUGAAUGUGGAAAUGGUGUCAAAGUGCUUUGAGUGCCUUGAAAGUAGAAAAGUGCUAUACAAGUAUGACCAUUUAUUUGAUAGAAACUGGGGAUCGAACCAGGAACUCUCAGGUUGCUGGCACUAUAUUAGUUUCAUGUUUGAAGUUGAAUUGCUGACCUGAAUGAACUUUUGCACGAUACUUAAUUGCUUUAGUUUCACCUGUAUUACUUUUGAUUAUUUCACAUUCGUUUUUGAACCAUUUUAAUAUCAGUGGAAAAUAAACUCCACCCAGUUAUAUUAUCAGGACCUUAAUUUUCCCUCGACACGUUUAUCUUUUUUCUAUUCUCAGCAUUGAAAUGAGACUCAACGGUGCAACUAAAUGUUGCAUAUUUUAGUUGUACUGUAUUCGAGUUUUGGGAUUACAAACCUUUUUUAUUGUUUGCUGUUUUAUUUUGAUCAACCAAAUAACUGCAAUUAUAUUUCAAGGUUUGUGGAAUCUCCUCUUUGAGCUAUCUUUGUGUACAACUCCUCAGUGUGUGUAUUGUGGCAGCUACCUGACUCCUGUACUGUAUAUUUGCGUAAGUGUCCGCUCCUAAGUGCUUUUGUCUUGCGUACUAAUCAUCUCUUUUUUUUUUUCAAGCCUCAUGGAUAUCCUCGUUGAUUGUAGUAGUUUUACUUUUGAGUGGAUGUUGUGACCUACUCAACUGACUUGUUUUGUUUUGUCCCUUGGAACCGUUUCUCAAAUGUAUUUUCUGCUGCAGUAUUGCCCUUAUUACUGCUGACUGAAACAUGAUUGUUGUAUUUAACUCUCUUGCAGGAAUAUGUGUGAAGUUUUCCUGAUCAGGAAAUAUACCGGCUGGAAGCGGCUAAGCAUGUAUGUACAUUGUAAUGUGGGCUCCGCCCUUUCAAGUAAAAGAAGCACACUCUUUAAUGACAUGCAAGAUAAGGGAUCUGCAGCCAUCGGAAUGUAGUUAUAUGUGUGGCUCUAAGUGCAUAUUUUAAUAAAAACUUGUAUCAGGUUUUAAAA